AUGGCCGAAUUCAUAACUGAUCUACUAGGAAAAAGGAGAAACAGGAUAUCCACCAGUUCAGACGACUCAGCCUCUUCACCUGACAGCAAGAAAUCUCGAAACUCCAUCUCGACUGACGCAGAAAUAGCCGAAGAAGACACAAUCUUAACCGCGCUAGAUAUGACAGCAAACAUGACAAAAAAGCUUGAAAAAAUCCUUGAGCGUUUAAAAAAGCUCGACGUGAUAGAAUCUUCUGUUAAAAGCAUCGAGACAAAGCUCAACUGCUUAGAAGAGCGUACAGCAGUAUUGGAAAAUUUCAGACAAACUACGGAGAAAGACAUUAACGAUCUUAAAGAAAAUGGAAAUUUCACGAGCUCACAGUUAUCUGAAAUAUCGACUGAGCUUAAAAAUCACCAAGUUGCAAUCACUGAUUUAACACAAAAGGCAGAGGCGAGUAAAGAGUUAUUAAAGGAACUUACAGCAAAAAUCUCUACCUAG